AUGGGGGCCAAGCAGUCCAGGGCCUCUAAGGACAAAGAUGCCAAGCAAAUGGGACUCCUGGGGAGGAGGCAGAAAUUUUCCCCCUGGGAUGACACUCUGCUCUCAGGGAAGGACCCUCGGUCUCUGCUAAAGCGGGGCAUGAGGCAUGUCAGUUUCAGCCUGGUCACUAAGGGCAUGACCGACAUCCCCAACUUCUUGUGGGGCCUGUCCGAGAUUCAAAAACUCAACUUGUCCCAUAACCAACUCCGGGUUCUCCCUCCCGAGGUCGGGAAGCUGACUGGGCUGGUGGUGCUGAACUUGUGUGGGAAUGGUCUCAAGAGCCUGCCCAGAGAAAUCAGCCUCCUGAAGAGCCUGAAAGUGUUAUUUGUGAACAUGAACCGCCUGACCGAGGUGCCGGCUGAGCUCAGUGCCUGCAGAAACUUGGAGGUCCUGAGUCUGUCCCACAAUUGCUUGGUCCAGCUCCCUGCCAGCUUUGUGGAUCUCUCCAAAUUGAGGAAGCUUAAUCUAAGCAACAACUAUUUUGUACACAUCCCAAUCUGUGUAUUUUCACUGAAGGAGCUGGAUUUUUUGCAUGUGGGUUCGAACCGCCUGGAAAAUAUCGCUGAGAGCAUCCAGUGCCUGGUCAGUCUGCAGAUCUUCAUUGCCGAAUGCAACAAUAUUCACUCCUUCCCACGGUCACUCUGUCUGCUGUCAAAUCUGGAGCUGCUGAACCUGAACAACAACGACAUCCAGAACCUUCCCGAAGAACUAUACCUGCUUCGUAGACUGGAGAGGAUUGCUUGGAAUCCCAUGGACAAAGGGCUGCACAUUUCCCAUAACCCUUUGUCCAAACCUCUGCCAGAACUGGUGGAAGGGGGACUUGAGAUGCUCUUCAGCUACCUAAAGGACAAAAAACACAAUUGA